AUGAAUACUGAUUUAAAAUGCCCUGUUUGCCAAGAGAAAUAUUCAAUAAACACUAACAUACCGAUGAAUUUACAUACCCACAUAAAAGGCGAACCACAAAAGAAGCAUCAGGUGAUUUGCUCCAAUUGUUUAGAUUUUUAUAAAAUAAAAUCUCUUAGCCACAUAGAAAUUAUUAGUUCUUACGAACCAGACCAAGAAACAAUUGACAAAAUCAAACGACAAUCAAACUCGGAAGAAAAUUCGGGAACAAAUUCUAAAUGUAAUUUUGCAGUCAAUGGAAUCACCCCAGUAAAACAAGUAUAUUAUCAAUGUUUGACAUGCACUCAAUCAAAGGGCUUACCGAUAUGUGAAUCUUGCGCUAAAACUUGCCACAAAGGCCAUUUACUUGUAGUCCUUCAAAAUGGAUUUUUAACUGGUUGUGCCUGCGGUCAGAAUAUGCUACAUCGUCCUUGUAAGUGCUUAAUUGAUGAAUCUUCGCUUCCUUGUACAAAUUUAAUUUCUAAAGAACGACAAGUACAACACGGAUAUGCUUGUUUUACAUGCGGAUUAGAUUUUGUUUGCAAUUCAUGCGCUCAAAUUUGUCACAGAGGUCAUUAUCUUAAAGAAAUUGAGUUUUCCGAAAAUGUAUGUAAAUGCGGCCUUAAUCGUGGUAUUACAACAUGCAAAUGCAAUCGUUGCAGUAUCAAAAUACCAAAUGAUACUACAACUCCAACAUUACCAGAAAAUCUAGAAAACUAG